AUGCUACGAGACCUAGGCCCCCUUCAGUCAGCAGUCAUAUUUAUCAUUAUCUACCUCCAAGACGCCUCCGCUACACCUAUAGACCCUCAUAUAAGAGCGGACAGUGUUUCACCGGAUACUCUCCUUAAACUUGACAGUCAACCGGGUACGUGCAGCGAAAACAUUGACCUGCAGAGGAAAGAGAAGCUCCUGAUUGGGCUUUGUGCAGGACUUGGUGGUCUUCUCCUCCUCUCUGCUGCAUUAUAUCUCAUCAUGCACAAAAAAAUGUGGUACCGGAAACUACUCUCACGCGAAAAGGCCAGUCGUAAGGCCGAGGAUAAUGGGACGUUACCGUCGACACACCACAAUCUUCCGUGUCACCCUUUAUACAGGGAAGACAUUCGGGCAGCGAGUACUCAGAUGAAACUCACCGAUCCGCAAACUCCAACCAGAUCAAGCCCGUUCACUUAUCAUCCUUAUCAAGCUCAGCAGCCAAAUUCCUAUUAUCAACCCGUAGAGGUUUAUCGAGCCCUCAUGGUACCCGACGAAUUACUAGAAACACCUAUUCGCCCACCUCGUUGCUCGGAACCCAAUCUAGCAAGCUCAGUCAGCUCUCAGGGCCAGCCAUCUACCACGUCUCAGGGCCGCAGGAAUGCCGUAGAUAUUACCGCGCAUCCUGUUCCCAUUACCCACCCAGCUCAGUUACCAAUAUAUAGCCCACAGCCUCGUCGCGUGGGCUUGCCAGUGAGCCCUAAACUUCAAUGA